ACCAUUGGAAGGGAAUCGUACAAAUUUGGUACAAACAUCGUGGGCAAUGCUAGGACUCAUGCACACUGGACAGGUUGAGGGGGAUCCAACUCCUUUACACAAAGCGGCUAAGUUAUUAAUCAAUGCACAAAUGAAAAAUGGAGAUUUCCCUCAACAAGACAUUACUGGAGUCUUUAUGAGGAAUUGCAUGUUGGACUAUGCACAAUAUAGGAGUUACUUCCCAUUGUGGCCAUUGGCUGAAUAUCGUAAACGUCUGUGGACAUCCAAAGUUAACAUGUAAUCCUGAGGUGUACACUAUGUUACUUUAAGAAAUAACAAUCUUUGUAUGGUGAUUGAGUUUGAUUCAGUAACAUUAUAUCGACUCCUAUUAUUAGUUAUAAAUUAUU